AUGUUCGAGGCAAUUAGCGACCGGAUCGAGACUCAUGUUGACCCCGCGCUCGUUGACGGCAGCGGGGGCGGAACUCAGCCCGAAAAACUUUUGGCUGAGACAGCACCUGACGGCGAUCUUCCAACGCAAGCGGAGCUGUCGACGUUGCAGCGUGUGCCCGCGAAGAUCCCGUGGCGAGUGUACACGAUCGCGUUCGUCGAGCUCGUCGAGCGUAUGAGCUACUACGGCACCCUGGCGCUCUUUUCCAACUUCAUCUCCAAGCCGCGCCAGAAAGUCGACGGUACUUGGUUGACCACCCCCUGGGGCGCAGCGCUCCACCCGAACGAUGCCAAUGCCACCCCCGGCGCCCUCGGCAUGGGAAAGAAGAAGGCGUUCAGCAUCACGACAUUCAACCAAUUCUACAUUUACUUGUGCCCUCUGCUUGGAGCCUGGAUCGCUGAUACAUACCUCGGCCGCUUCAAGACAAUCGUGUACUCGGUAAUCAUUGCGGAGAUUGGCCAUGUGCUCUUGGUGGGCUCGUCGACCCCAGGCAUGCUUGAUAAGCCAAAUAGUGCGUUCGCGCUGUUCAUGUUCGGUUUGCUGAUCAUGGGCUUCGGGACUGGCACGUUCAAGCCGAACAUCUCGCCACUUAUUGCAGAACAGAUUCCCCAGGAUGUGGCGCGCGUCGAGGUCAACAAGAAAGGCCGGCGUGUAAUCAUUGAUCCCGCCGAGACGGCUACCCGCAUCUACAACUGGUUCUACAUGUUCGUGAACAUUGGUGCUUUGAUUGGCCAACUCUCCAUGGUGUACAUUGAGCGAUACGUUGGAUUCUGGCCCGCCUUCCUAGUCCCUACAGCCUUCUUUCUUCUGGCAUUCCCGGUCCUGUUUUUCUGUAAGAAUAUGUACAUCCACACCCCACCGUCUGGCAGCGUUCUCGGCCCUGCUAUCAAAUUACCCUUGCUAGCAAUGAGGGGCCGCUGGAGCUGGAACCCCGUUCGGAUCUGGAAGAACGCUCGAAAUGGUUCCUUCUGGGAGAGCGUCAAGCCUUCGCGUUUAGGAUCCUCCAAGCCGGCCUGGAUGACCUACGACGACGCCUGGGUCGAUGAAGUUGCUCGAGGAUGGGCAGCCUGCGGUGUGCUUCUCUGGCUGCCACUCUACUGGCUUUCUUACAACCAGAUUAACUCAAACCUCAUCCAGCAAGCCGACACCAUGCAGCUCCACGGCAUCCCCAACGACCUACUCCAGAACCUGGAUCCCAUCGCCAUCAUCAUCCUAGUCCUGUUCCUCGAUUUGCUUGUAUAUCCAGCUCUUCGUAAAGCAGGCAUUCGUUUCACGCCCAUCAAGAAAGUCUUCGCAGGCUUCAUGCUCGCCACUGCCGGCAUGAUCUGGGCCUGCGUUAUCCAGUACUACAUCUACCACAAGUCACCCUGCGGCGUGAUGACGGAGGAGGAAGGCUGCCGCUCCGACGUUAACGUUUGGGCACAAGCGGGCGUAUACAUCUUGAUCGCAGCAUCGGAGAUCAUGGCAUCCGUUGUGUCUCUCGAAUAUGCCUUUACCAAAGCACCCAAGAGCAUGCGCAGUUUAGUACAGGCGUUCAGCUUGUUUACUAAUUCGCUGAGCGCGGCGCUGAGCGAGGCGUUCACACCACUGUCUGAGGACCCGCAUCUGACGUGGAACUAUGGCAGCGUCGCUAUUAUCUGCUUUGUCAGUGGAGUGGCGUUCUGGUUCACGUAUAGAGAUAUGGAUAAGGAUGAAGACCGGCUCAACAUGCUGCCUACCGGAAGACAUAUCGGUACGCCAUCUGGCGCUGGGACCGGGACUGACGUCGAAUUGGCUCCUGCUGGCAAGACGGGCUGA